AUGACAGUUACACGAUACAAGAGACAAUUUGGCUUUACUACCUCUAACAACAUAUCAGAAUAUAAAUUUUACGAUUAUUCCAUGAACAGAUACGAAAAUUUACAAGUAGGUUUAAAUAGAUUACUGGAAAUAAAAGCACUCUACUCAUGGAUAUUUUCGAGCAGCACAUAUAUAGAGCCUCAACGCAUAAUAAGCAAACACAAAGAAUUACUAACGGAACUAAACGAAUCACUGGAAUUAGAACCAAAGAAUGAAAUAGGAUUAUGGUUACAAGGCAACAUUCAUAAGACGAUGGAAAGAUGUGAAGAAUCAUUAAAUAUAUUACAGGAAAUAAAACAAAAUAAUGCACAGGCACUAAUAUCACGAGGACACAUUUAUCUAAUGAUGGGAAGUUAUAAAGAAUCACUUGCAGAUUUAAAUAAAUCACUAAAAAUCAAAUCAAAUGAUGCAAUGGGAUUAUGUUUACGAGGGUGUACUCUCCUCAUGAUGGGAAGAUAUGUAAGAUCUCUUACAGAUUUAAAUAAGUCAUUAGGAAUAAAUCCAAACGAUCCAAUAGCAUUAUGUUUACGAGGGUAUACUCGCUUUAUGAUGGGAAGAUAUGUAAGAUCUCUUACAGAUUUAAAUAAGUCAUUAGGAAUAAAUCCAGACAAUACAGUGGCAUUAUGUUUACGAGGGUGUACUCUCCUCAUGAUGAAAAGUUAUGAAGGAUCUCUUACAGAUUUGAAUAAAUCAUUAGAAAUAAAUCCAAACGAUUCAAUAACAUUACGUUUACGAGGGUAUACUCUCCUCAUGAUGAAAAGUUAUGAAGGAUCUCUUACAGAUUUAAAUAAAUCAUUAGAAAUAAAUCCAAACGAUCCAAUAACAUUACGUUUACGAGGGUAUACUCACCUCAUGAUGGGAGGUUAUGAAGAACCUCUUACAGAUUUGAAUAGAUCAUCAGAAAUAAAUCCAAAUGAUCCAAUAACAUUACGUUUACGAGGGUAUACUCACCUCAUGAUGAAAAGAUAUGAAGGAUCUCUUACAGAUUUGAAUAAAUCAUUAGAAAUAAAUCCAAAUGAUCCAAUAACAUUACGUUUACGAGGGUAUACUCACCUCAUGAUGGGAGGUUAUAAAGAAUCUCUUACAGAUUUGAAUAAAUCAUUAAGAAUAAAUCCAAACGAUCCAAUAACAUUACGUUUACGAGGGUAUACUCACCUCAUGAUGGGAAGUUAUGGAGAAUCUCUUACAGAUUUGAAUAAAUCAUUAGGAAUAAAUCCAAACGAUCCAAUAGCAUUACGUUUACGAGGGUAUGCUCACCUCAUGAUGGGAAGUUAUGGAGAAUCUCUUAAAGAUUUAAAUAAAUCAUUAGGAAUAAAUCCAAACGAUCUAAUAGCAUUACGUUUACGAGGGUAUACUCACCUCAUGAUGGGAGGUUAUGAAGGACCUCUUACAGAUUUAAAUAAAUCAUUAGGAAUAAAUCCAAACGAUCCAAUAGCAUUACGUUUACGAGGGCACACUCAUCUCAUGAAGGGGAUACGUGAAAAACCACUCGUAUAUUUAAAUGAAUCACUAGAAAUGGAUGCAAUGGCAUUAUUGUUACGAGAAUAUACUCACCAUACGAUGAUUAGCUAUGAAAAAUCACUUGUGUAUUUUAAUAAAUCACUAGAAAUAGAACCAAGCGAUGCAAUAACAUUACGUCUACGAGGGUAUAUCCGUCUUAUAAUGGAGAAACAUGAAGAAUCACUUACAGAUUUGAACAAAUCCUUAGAGAUAGAUCCAAAUAACGCACAGGCAUUAAGAAUACAAGUGGCUACUUACGUUGCAAUGGGAAUAUAUAAAGAAGCACUUGCAUAUUUAAAUAAAUUGCUAAAAACAAGGCCAGAUGACGUAACAGCAUUAUGUUUACGAGGCAAGACUUACCGCGCGAUGACCAAAUAUGAAGAAUCACUUGCAGAUUUAAAUAAAGCACUGAAAAUAAAACCAAACGAUGAAUGGGCAUUAAGUUCACGAGGCCACACUUACCGCACAAUGACUAAAUAUGAAGAAUCACUUGCAGAUUUAAAUAAAUUGCUAAUAAAAAACCAAAUAAUAGAAACCAGACUGUUUCUAUGUAGUAAAUGCCAUUGUGUUAUUUACAAUAAGGAGUAUUUCUGCGAAACUUGCCUCUUGAAAUUAAGUCCAUCUGUUAAUGAAUUCUUAAAAAAUCAAGGUGAUGAAGCAGAUCGUCUACGUUGGAUUCCAUAUGAGGCGUUCGUUAAUAUCGAACACAUAUCUAAUGGUGGAUAUUCGAGUGUGUUUAAAGCUGAUUGGGUUAGUCUAAAUGAAACAAUUACCGUUGCUCUUAAAAGUUUGAAAAAUUCUGAAAAUGCAGAUAUGAAGUUCUUGAGUGAGGUAGGGUAA